UGGAGAGAGAGUAGGAGAGCAGAGAGCAGAGCAGAGUACUCAGCUCGGUUCUCACUGCACGUGCACAGGUGACGCCUCGGGGAGCCAAUCAGAUGCUACGAGCUGUUUCCUUUCCGGAAUGGGGCGGAUCGCAAGGAAGCUCGAAUGCGGAUCAUGCUAGAGUUGUUGUUCGUCUCCAAAUCAGGUUGGUUGACAAUAGAAAAGUUCAUGGUUUUGCGGCCCAACAAGGACUCCGACGUAUCUAUCCUACCGUCGUCUAUCUUCCUUGCCAUCAUCAACCUCGAAACCUCGCGGGUCACGCGUCGAGUCGCCGACAUGGAAGCAGCAGAGGAGACGCCGAGCGGAGGGGGAGACGACGAGAAAGUCAAAUAUCCGGUGGGGUUCCGGUUCAAGCCGACGCUCCAGGAGCUCGUGGAGUUCUACCUCCUCCCCAAGCUGCUGGACAACCCGACCGUGCCCAACGAUGCCGUCAUCGAGGCGGACGCGUACGAGUGCGAUCCGGAGAUACUGACUAAAAGGUACGAGGCGAGGGGCGCGGACGAGAACUGGUACUUCCUGUCGCCGAGAAGUCGCAGGUACCCGGGAGGGGACCGGCCGACGCGGCGCACGGCCGACAACCGCGGCCGGUGGAAGCCGUCAACGGGGCAGUCGAAGCCGGGGAAGGACGCCGCGGCGGGCCACUCCAAGGCGAAGAAGGUUCUCAAGAAGAACCUCAGCGUCGGCGCGUACGAGUUCACCGAGAACACCCUCGCCUACUACGUGGGCGACCCAAGGAACGAGACCAAGACCAAGUGGCUGAUGCAUGAGCUCACCGUCCCGGAUCCCGAGAAAGAGAAAGACCUCGACAGCCCGACCGCCGAGAAGCCACGCGACCACAUGCUGUUGAACAAAUACGUCAUGUGCAGGAUCUACAAGAGCCCGUUGAAAAAAUGGAAAGAACUCGAGAACGAGGAGGGUGGCACGAGCUCUGCCUCCGCGUGCGAUGAAGAGGUGCCAACCUCGUCGCAGUCCGGGCCGGCGCCGGAGGGCUCCGGGGAGGCAUCGGCGCUGACGCCGUUGUCGAGCAAGUGCGCGGGCAAGAGGCCCGCGGCGGAGCAGCCGACGAGCGAGCAAGCCAACGCGCCGAACAAGCGGGCUUCCCAGCACACAAUGCGAGCGCCGCCGGUCGGAGUCGGAGCCGCGGGGUACUACGACUACCGCAGGGUACCAGCACAGCUGCCUCCGCUGAUGCAAUGGCCGCCGGCGAUCUACAGUAGCAUGCAGGGACCAGUGAAGAUGCAGCGACGGCCACCUUUGAUGAACGCGCACAACGGGCAGCCGCCGGUGCAGGGGCCGCCGGUGUUGAGGCUAUACCCGCCGCACCGGGCCGCAGCAACCGUUCCCAACUCUCUUGGUCGGACGGUGAUGAUGCGUCCCCCGAACCUAGCCGCCGGCCCACCGGUUCGGCCGCCGUCCUUCCCCCGACCACCGCCACCACAGCAGCAGCAGAUGGAGGACAUGAUGAUGCGCUAGCAGCGAGUGUACGCGCAACUGUUAGCUGAGAUGAAACUGCAGAAAGCACCGCAGGAGAGGGCGCCCUGCGCAGGGCAGCAACAGAUCAUGCCGGCGGCGUCCACGCAGCCAGCGUGCUUCGACGAGGGUGCCAAUCAUCCCGCGGGAACCAAAGUCAUGGUCCCUUGCACCCAGUUCCCGGCGCCUCACAACUUCUACCCUUGCAGCGGUGUCCAGCAGCAGCUGCAGCAAUCUAGUCCAGCGAUCCCAGCGGCCAGUGUUCCUCCCGGCGACCCGGCGCCGGCGGCUGACGACGCGCCCGGUAAUAAGCUACCGAUGCAAGGAGAUGCAAACGAAGGAAGCGGAAACGGGGACUGCAGCGACUACCGCAAGCAACCUUUUGCAGAUUUCGCGGCAGGUUUGGCCGCUGCGAAGAAUUUUUAAGAUGGAUCCUGGAUGGGACUCGAGUUACACAGCUUUGGGACGCUGAUGGGAGGCAACACCGUCAGUUUUUUUUUCUUUUUAACCAAGUUUUCGAAUUUUCGUUAACAAAAGGGGGGACAGGGGGUUUUGGCGUUUUGCGCCUUCAUCGUCCUUUUCGGAACUAGAUAGAUUCAUAGAUACUAUGUUUAUUUCUUUUUUUGAAACCUUCUUUCGAUCGAUAUACUAUUGUUUAUACAUGUGCAUGUGCAUGGUUUUGUAA